AUGACGAGCGUGAGCGAGCCCUCGCAGCCCCUGUGGAUCGAGACACCCCUCCUAUACUCCAGCCACAUCUCCUCCAUCAUAGGAUGCUCCGCGUACCUAAAGCUCGAAAACCUCCAACCGUCGCACUCCUUCAAAUACCGCGGCGUCACGCUCUUCAUCCAGCACUGCAAGCACACGCACGGGCCGUCCGUGCACUGCAUCAUCGCGUCGGGCGGCAACGCCGGGCUCGCCGCCGCGUGCGCCGCGCGCCGGCUCGCGGUGCGAUGCACCGUCUACCUCCCGGCGACCGCGAGCCCGCGCGUCGUCGCGUACCUGGAGAAGGAAGAGGCGCACGUCGUGAUAGCAGGUGCGAUCUACGCUGAGGCGCUGGCCGAGGCGCGGAAGGCCGCCGAGGAGGACGAGAAGGCCGUGAUGGUGCCCGCGUACGACGACCCGCUCCUCUGGGAAGGCCACUCGUCCAUGGUCGCCGAGAUCGCAGGCCAGCUGCCUGGAGGGAAGCCAGACGCCAUCAUCUGCAGCGUCGGCGGCGGCGGCCUCCUCGCCGGCAUCAUCGUGGGGUGCAAGAAGGCAGGAUGGGACGACGUGCCCCUCGUGACACUGGAAACCCACGGCACCAGCUGCUUCCGGCAGAGCAUGGAUAUCAACGCGCGGAAGAGCGGCAGCUUCGGGACCGGGCAAGCGGUGCCGUCGACAGCGCAUCCCGGCAUCACGCUGGCGAACGUGCAGUCCACGCUGCAUCUGUCGAAGGCGUCGUGCCUGGGCGCGUCGACGCCGUCCGCGGGAGCGGUCAAGCUCGCUUUGGAGAGGCAGGGGCCGGUGAGGAGCUUGAGCGUUCCGGACGGGAUGAGCAUGGACGCGUGUUGCAGGUUCGCAGAGGACCACAAGCUCCUCGUGGAGCUCGCCUGCUCGACCGCGCUCACGCCCGCGUACUCCCCCUCCCUCUUCUCCAAGAUCUUCGACUCGCCCACCGCCCCCCGCCCGAAAACCGUGGUCUUCAUAGUCUGCGGGGGGUUCAACAUAUCCUUGGACGAGAUCGCGGAGUACAAGCGGACGGCGAAGGAGAAGGAGGAGAAGGCGUGGUAUGGCUAUGGCACGCGGAAGGAGGGGUGCUGGGAUGUGGUGUGCGACGGGCAGCUGUGGGAUGUUCCUAGGGAGUAG